GAGAGAGAGAGAGAGAGAGAGAAUUGAGUCAUGAAUAUUUAACUCAUAUUGUUUCUCUAUAAAACUUAAUUUAAAGAUUACUACUUGUCAUUUGAUUAGAAUAUGAAAACAGAAAUCAGUAAGUUGAUAAGUAGCACUGGAGAUAGGUAGCAAUAUAUCCUAUAUGAUUUUCUUAUAGAAGAGGAGGCAUGAGUUCUGGAUUCAAACUAAUUCAAGAAAGUUUGUUCAGGCUUACCCUGUAAUUUUUUUGAGGCCUUGCUUGGUUGGAGUUGGAGGGUUCAAGAGCGUUGGGGUAGUGUUUGGAGGGGUUGGAUACUAACAGUAAUUUGGCAAUCGAUUGUAGGGGGUGUUGGACUGUGUUUGUGACCACCUCUGAACCCCACCAAACACUCUUUUUACGAAAUCCUCAUUAUAUGGAGUUUAGAAGUGUUCAACACCUAAAAACACAUGGAACACCUCCCUACUCACAUCUCUCAAACAAGUGUUCCAAAUCUUAAACUAAACUCUUCCCAACCCCUCCUAACCCACUCUUCAGUCUUCCCAACCUCUCCUAAUCAUCAUAUUAUCACUUGUUCUAUUUGUGGGCCCCUUUUUGUAGGACCGUUGGAAUGGACUUUAACUUGAGUAGUUGGAUAGAUUGGGAGGUGAGAUGUAUAGAAAAAGGGGUUGCUGCAGAAGUGGUAGUGGGGUAAAGUAGCAGAAAUGUAGUACUUGGUACUAUGAUUAAUUGGCAUGCAGACAAUCAUUCAAUUUUAAAGGUUAGAACUAUGUUAAUUACUGUGAUUUGCUUACACUGUUUUCUUGUGAACUUGCAUAUGUAUGUACAGUAGACAUGGUCAAUCCAUUUCUUGUUCUGCCUCAUACCCUGAGCAUACUUAUUGGCGUUAAAUAACAUGUGGAUAUGCUUGAAUCUAGCAGUUUGGAGGAGCUUGUAUUAUUGUGUAGACUGAUGAACUAUUAUUAUUUUUGGGAUAGAAUUCUGCAUUUGCUUCCUUUGUACACUACAGUUUACCCUUGUCAACGAACAGUGUCAGUUGCAAAUUUAAAUAUAAAAUGAUUGUAGCUGUAACUGUGACUGUUUUCCUCACUAUGAGAUGGAAAUCUAAAAGCUGAGUUAUUUAUCUACUGCAGUAGUAACAUCUUGUCUAUAGGCUUUAUUUCAUUGUUAUUGCAGUCUGUUAUCUGCUAAUAGACUCAGAAGCCGUGCCUCUGUCUCUGCCUCCUCCAUUGAGUGAUAAAAGAAAGUAAAGAAGUGUUGAGUGAAAAAAAGGUGGCUACAUAGGAAAACAAGAUGACAAAGAAAGAGAGAGGAUGGUAUGGAGCAUUUCUGUCUUUAACUUGCUGUGGAAUGCCUUUACAAGAGAUCCAAGUUCUCUGAUUCAGGAAUGGACUCAAAUAAUGUAGAACACAUUGUUUUAAACAGAAACAUUAGAAUUUCUUCUUCUUUUUUUUUUUUCUAAAAAAUUGAAUUGAAAAAAGGAGAAGGUUACAACAGUAAUGGAGAUUUUUCUGUCAGUGUUUGUAGGCUUUUGCUGACGUUUUUUGGAGCCUGGUCCCAUUGUACUUGCAGACAAUGUACCAGAAUAACCAUCAAUCAUUCUAUACCUAAAAUACCCUCUUGCAACUUGCAAGGAGUAAUCACUUGUAGGUCAGGAAACUGGGAUCCAAGAACUUGUCCAAUUUCCAAAAGAACCCUUCCUUCCCUUUAUGCAGGAAUCCAUUUUCUUUUAGCAUUCCAAAACCUAGGAAUCACUGGUAGUUUGCCUUUACAUGAUGAGGACUGCUGGCCACACUUAUUGAAUUCCCUGAUAUGGUAUAUUAGUUUAUCACAAUCCAGUCAAAUAAAUAUUCAAAUUGUAAUAAUCUACUUACCUAGGUUAUCAUUUAUUUUCAAGGAAGAUGAAUUUUUUAUUUUGAGGGGGGAGUGUAAUUGUUGUGUAAAGUUGCUCCAUUGUAACUUGAGCAGCAUGAUUUCAAGUAAUGAAAAAAUCUCCUGUGGUGCAAGUGCUAGUAUGAUCCUUGUGCUACAUACUUUUGGAGUGAUGUAAUUAUAAACUCUUCUUGAGAGUGUAUUGUGACGAGAUACUUAUACUACUGUUGAAGGAUUGAGUGGUGCUGGUUGUUCAAAUUAUUGUUUUGUUCUAAUGGUUGAUGUUAGUUGUUGUACAUACUUCCAAGGUUAUGCCACUAUUUGGAGAGGAAAAGAAGCAUUUAACCUCAGAAAGGUUAAAAUUUUGCCACUAUAUCUGAGAAGGGAGGGUACUUUGGUAAUGGAAACCUCAUAACUGCCUUAGUUAAGGCAGUAAUAAAAAGGUAGCCAUUACCAAAGCUGUUUGCCAAAUUUGGGAAAAAUUCAAAAUAUUUUAAAAACCCUAGACUGUCCUCAGCUAGUAUUUAUAUACUCUCAUGACCCCCUUCCAGGGCACUCUGCCUUUCUCUCUGCAUUGUGUACUUUGUUCCUCAGAAAACAGAGAAAACCUAUGUUUCUCCUGGCCUAACUUUUUAUAUAUUCCUAUGUUUGAGAGAGAGAGAUGCGGGGUCGAUCCACAAAGCAAAAUAUCAAAGAAAUAAUGGAAACAGACAAGCUGUGUAAGCUCAAAGAGGAACCUCAGCUCUCUGGGGCUUACAUCCGUAGCCUUGUGAAACAACUAACCUCUUCAAGAAGCAAAAGCUCCAUGCACCCCAAAGACCCUGAAUGUGUUGAUGGGGAUGGGGUCCCUGGCCAAAAUUUGACCCAAGUUAGAGAAGGUAUCAAUGAAACCUCUCAACCUCAGCAACCCCAACAGCCACAACAACACAAAAAACAGGUUAGGAGGAGACUCCAUACCAGUAAACCGUACCAGGAAAGGCUGCUUAAUAUGGCUGAGGCCAGGAGAGAGAUUGUUACUGCACUCAAGUAUCAUAGAGCAUCUAUGAAACAAGCCAAUGAGAAGCAACAACAACAGCAACAACAAAAUUCACAACCAGUGCAACUUUCACCUUCUCCAUUUUCUGAUCAAGAAGGAAAGAUUAAGUCUAGUAUAUACCCUUCAGAAACUCCUAAUUUCUCGAGUUAUUUAGACAAUUUUUCCUACUCUGCCUUUUCUCAUCCUCCUCCACCAAACUUCUCUUGGCCUGUUUGCUCAAUUCCUCCUCCACCUGUGGCUGAAAACCUCAAUUUAGCUCUUCCAAACCAACCCCUGGGCCUUAAUCUCAAUUUUCAUGAUUUUCACAAUUUGGACACCAAUCUUUACCACAAUACCAACAACUUCUCUGUCUACUCUCCCUCAUCUCCAUCUUCAUCAUCCUCCCCUCCUAUUUCCUAUGCUACUAAGGAAGUUCCUUCGGUUGCGAUAUCACAUAAUUUAGGGCCUGCACCAGUAUCUGAAUCUUAUGGUGGAGGACAUUUACAUCCGGUGAUGGAUGAAGAGGAGAUGGCAGAGCUCAGAUCAAUAGGAGAGCAGUAUCAGAUGGAAUGGAAUGAUAGGAUGAAUUUGGUCACAUCAGCAUGGUGGUUCAAAUUCUUGACGUCCAUGGAGCUGGAGCCCGAAAAAGUGAAGCCAGAGGAGGAUGAUGGAUACCAUCCAUUUGAUGAAAUCAUGGAGUUUCCAGCCUGGUCAAAUGCAAAUGAGAGCUGCUUGCAUCAACAUUUUGAUGAUGGCUGCUCACCUGAGUACUUCCAAGAUCCUGCUUUGCCUUGCAUGGACAUUGAAGAGAUUGACGGAAUGGAUGGGGACUGGCUUGCUUGAAUUGUCAAGGAUUGGAUUAUUUCUUGCUAAACACAUCCUUGGCCCCCUCAUUUUAUUUUUUCUCAUUCAAUUUUUGUUAACGUCUUUUUAGAACUUUUUUGUUAAGCACAUCUAAUAAGGCUUGCAGUGAUGUUUUUAGCUUGGCAGGCCAUGGUUGGAAAUAAUGUGAGGCAGGAGUUGAUAUCCUCCUAGAUAAGUUUUUGAUAAUGAAACAUCUGUAUUUCUAGUUCAACAUCUGAGCUUGUUCUUUUAGCUUUAAUGGCAAUUUCAGUCAUGAAACAAGUGUCUGCUACUGUAUUUGUGAAUAUCUGGCAAUUUCAGUCAUUUACAGAUUGGGAUGGAUAUGAAUGAGUCCUUUAUGGAUAAUGAUAUUGGAUAGUACUGAAGAGAUGCGGUGGGAAAGGACAACGCAGUUUAAGCUUUGAAGAUUUGAUCAAAAUGCAAAGUGAUGACAAUCUCUGCAGGUUUAUUAUGUCAGCAGUAUUGAUAAACAUGGAUUUGAUCUUUGAUUCUUGUAGUUGUGUAAUUUUUUUUUUCUUAUCUUCAUAUCUUGGCUGUUAUAAGGGCAAAAAGCUUCUAAAAGGAAGUUGGUCUUCCUCCAAGAAGACCAACCCAUCUCUUCACAAAUCUUGUCACUGUGGUUGACAACUUCAUAUUGAAAGUGGAAAUGCCUAGUGAUUCUUCUCAUCAUGACUUGCACUUAUUUGUUAAUCUGUGAAAGCAUAUCCUGCAUUGUUGUAUGCAACUUGAACUUGUCAUCUGCAAGUGUAGCAAGUCAUUUGAACCUCAAACUCCCCACAAAUGCCAUGUUUGGAAUCAGUGGAUGUAUUGCUCCCCUGCACAGAUGAUUGGUAUAUAAAGUUGUUUCAUUGCAACCUUUCACAAGUUAAGACCAUAGACAGUCUUGAAUUGUUGUGCACUAAAUUUGAGCAGAAUCCCCUUCAAACCCACCCGUUGCUUUCUUUCUCCCUUAGAAUCCCAUGUCACCAUGAAAAAU